GAGAUAGAGAAAGAGAUGAGAGAGAAAGAGAGGAGGCAGAAAAAGAGACGCGAAAGAAAAAGAGACGAGAAAGAAAGACAGUCAGAGAAAGUGAAAGAGAAAGAAAACGAAAAAGGAAGAGAGAGAAAGAAAGAGACCAGAAAUAAAGGAAAAAGAGAAAGAGCAACAAAAAGAAGAAGCAAUUUUUAUUCAAAUUGCAAAUUCUACUAUUUCAUUAUCCAAAGUGAAAGAUAUUUUAACACAAUUUGUGUUGAGACUUUACUGUUACCACAAGUUAAUCUUUCAAAUGAUCAACUAAAUUCGGUUGUAAAUAAUUUUGAUCUAAUUUACACUGAUGGUGAUGAAGGAGAAGAAGAUGAGGUUGAAAAAUUAACCACAAUUGAAGGGUUUGAAAUAGAUGUCACAUUAGAUAAGAUUUGUAAUGUUCUUAGAAACGAUUUUCCUGAUCUAUGUACUUAUGCAUUCUUCCUUCAAGAUAGACAAUUAUGUUUUGGAGAGCCAAUAAUUGAUCAAGGUAAUCUAAUUGAUGGUGCCCGAAGUCAAACCAGUUUAAUUAAUUUGAAACUAAAAAUUGAACCUGAAACCAAGACGGUCACCAUAGUUGAUAUAUUAAAACCAGUUGAUGAUGACGAUGAUUAUGAUGAGGAUCGUUUAAUAUCAGCUAAUAAUGAAAAUAUUUUAAACAACUCUAUUAAUGUUAAUAAUAACAAUGGCAAUCACACCAAUUCAAAUAGUAAUCAAUCAAGUAUUGGCGGACAAGAUGGUGGACAUAAUGGUGAUGAUGAUUAUUACGAUGAUAUUAUUUACAAUACACCAAAUACAACACCAAUACGUACACCAAAUAUGAAAACGUGUCUUUCAUUAAAGGAGAAAAAGUUAAUUGGUGGUGUUAAACGUAGCUCAUCUAAAUCAACAACAACAGCAAUUAAAACAAUAGAAUUGGACAAGAUUGAACCAUUCUCACCGGGUAAUCGUUCGGGUAACAAUGGACAAAUCCAAUUAUGGAGAUUUCUUCUAGAACUGUUAACUGAUGCCGAUUAUCGUGAAUAUAUCCGCUGGGAAGGUAUCGAAGGUGAAUUUAAAUUUAUCAAACCCGAAAUGGUUGCUCAAUUGUGGGGACAACGGAAAAACAAGCCCACAAUGAAUUAUGAUAAACUGUCACGAGCUUUACGUUAUUAUUAUGAUGGUGAUAUGAUUGCCCAAGUUAAUGGUAAACGUUAUGUUUACAAAUUUGUCUGCGAUCUCAAAAGUUUAAUUGGUUAUGAUGCUCAAGAAUUGGAUGCCAUGGUUAUUGAUACACAAAUGUCGAAAUAAUCGACUUUGUUGACAAUCAAUUAAAAUUUACCAUCAAUGGUUAAUCAUUAAUUUCACUAUCAUCAUUCAUCUUAAAAAGAAAACAAACAUAUUCUUUAAUUGUUUAAACAAUCAUCUUUUCUACGCCUGGAACAAUUAUUAAUUUAAAUAUUUCUAACAAAAUUAUGAAGUCAACUUGAUACACACUUAUAACUAAUUGAUCAUCAAUCAAUCAAUCAACAAUUUGGAAAGAAAUGAUACCUUUGAGACCUUUGAUUUUCUCUCUCAUUCUCUGUCGACUACUAUUUGUGAUGAAAAUUAUGCUAUUCAUCAACAAUCAACUUUCUAAUUGUGAAAAAUAAAGGGUCAAAAUAC